CCGGUAUUAUGAUAUACACAUGAGAAUGUCCAUCUUCUGGACUUGGACAAAUCAUUUUGAGCCCCUGAGCACUUGAAAGGUGAGCAGCAACUUCAGACAGAGGUCUGUCGUUUGUGUUACUUAGGUGUAUGGAGAAGACACCAUGGCAUCAGAGAACCUCACGUGAGUGUCAGAAUUUGUCCUCCUGGGGCUCUCACAGACUCAGGAGCUCCAGCUCUUCUUGUUCCUGGUGUUCCUGCUAGUCUACACCACCACUGUCAUGGGAAACCUCCUCAUCAUGAUCACAGUGACCUCUGAUUCCAGGCUCCACACACCUAUGUAUUUCCUGCUGCGAAAUCUUGCUGUCAUAGACCUCUGCUAUUCCACAGUCACUUCUCCAAAGAUGAUAGUGGACUUCUUGCAUGAGACCAAGACCAUCUCCUACCAGGGCUGCAUGGCCCAGAUCUUCUUCUUCCACCUCUUGGGAGGUGGGACUGUCUUCUUCCUCUCAGUGAUGGCCUAUGACCGCUACAUAGCCAUCUCCCGGCCCCUCCACUACAUCACCAUCAUGAACACUCGAGUGUGUGUGGGGCUGGUGGUGGCUGCCUGGGUAGGGGGCUUUGUCCACUCCAUUGUCCAGCUGGUUCUAAUGCUCCCAUUGCCUUUUUGUGGCCCCAACACCCUGAAUAACUUCUACUGUGACAUUCCACAAGUGCUGAGACUUGCCUGCACAGACACCUCCCUCCUGGAGUUCCUUAUGAUCUCCAACAGUGGGAUGCUGGUCCUCAUCUGGUUCCUCCUCCUUCUGAUCUCUUAUACUGUCAUCCUGGUGAUGCUGCGGUCUCAGUCUGGGCAGGCGAGGAGGAAGGCAGCUUCCACCUGCAUCACUCACAUCAUCGUUGUGUCUAUGAUCUUCAUUCCCUGUAUCUAUAUCUAUGCCCGGCCCUUCACCUCUUUCCCCAUGGACAAGGCUGUGUCCAUCAGCUACACUGUCUUGACCCCCAUGCUCAAUCCCAUCAUCUACACCCUGAGGAACCAGGAGAUGCAGGCAGCCAUGAAGAGAUUAGGCAAGCGCCUAGUGAUUUCCAGCAGGAAGUGA